UCUUCCAUUGGCCCUCAUAUACUUGCAACCCUCUGAUAAUGCACUCUGUAUGGAACAAUUUUGAUUUGAUCAAAUACACACACCCAAAUGACAAAUUCACAUACACCUUUGCUCAUCAAUCCAAACGAGUCUGUCGCACACACAAAUACAAAGCCAACAACAGUCGGUUAAAUAUUAAUUAAGGUAUUACAUUAUCAUAAAUAUACAGUGAUAAUACAAAUAAAAUUUAAAAAAUGACGGCCUUGGAUACAAUAACAAGUAAAUUUGAUGAACUUGUUAAGUGUACCAAUGCUCUUAUUACGGCUGUUCCAAGUGGUUCUUAUGAAAAAGAGCUUGGUUUAUUUGCAAACAGUCAAGAAGAUGUUAGAAAAGAAUGGGCAUCAUCAAUUGUUGAGUGUGAUCAUUUAAAAUCAGAAAUAUCAACAAUUUCUGAUGAGUUAUCAAGUGCAAAUAGAAAACUUGAAGAAGAAAGAAAAAAUCGUAUUAGUCUUGAAAAUAAAAAAUUUCAAUUGGAAAAAUCACUUGCACAAGAUAGAGCUGAAGUUAGACAAAAAUGUUUGACAUUUGUGCAAGAAUGUGAAAGAUUAAAAAGUGCAUUGGAUAAAACAAGAGAUGAUUUACUCAAAUCUCGUCAAUUAUUAAAUGAAGAAAGAAAAAAACAUUCUGCUGUUGAAGAAGAAAAAGCUAAAUUGAUUGCACAAAUUUCAAAAGACAAAGAAAUUGAAAAAAAGCUAUCAGAGUCAAUAAAAGAAUGUGAAAUAUUGAAAAUUCAAUUGAAACAAAAUAAAGAAGAUUCAUCAAAAUUACAACAGCUAUUUGAAGAAGAGAAAAAGAAAAAUUUUAAAGAUAAAAAUCAAGAGCAAAAUGAUGUAGCUAAAAUUGGAGAAAUUGAAAAAAAAUUAUCAGCAUCUGUUGAAGAAUGUAAAAAAUUAAAAACUCAAGUUCAAUUGUUUGAGGAUGAAAAAAAAAUAUAUCAAGAUGAAGAAAAAAAACAAGAGAAAAAAAAAGCUAUCGAAAUUGCUGAGUUGGAAAAAAAAUUGUCAUCAUCUGCUGAAGAAUGUAGACAGUUGAAAAUUGAAUUAGAAAAAGCAAAGAGUGAGUCAAUUCAAUCACUAAAGUAUCUCGAGGAAGAAAAAAUAAAUCAUAAAAAUAAUGGAAUAAUUCAAGAGAAAAAAAUUGAAGAGUUACAAAAAGAGCUGUCAUCAUCUGUUGAUGAAUGUGAACAAUUAAAAAUUGAAUUAAAAAAAGUCAAAGAUGAAACAAUUAAAACUGAGCUUCUUAAAAUUCUUGAACAAAGUGAAAAAGAUAGAUGUCAAGCUGUAACUUGUGAUGAACAAAAUAAAAAAAUAGAAAAUCUAAAAUGUCAAUUGUCAACAUGUACAAUGGAAUGUGAAGAAUUAAAAACAAAUUUAAAUAAAACAAAAGAAGAAUCAUCUAGAUCACUAAAGCUUUAUGAAAUUGAAAAGAAAAGAUAUCAAGAAACUUUUGUUGAAAAAAAUCAUUUGAUAAAACAAAUCGAAAAUAUAGGAGAUGUACAAGAUAAAUUACUAGCAUCACUUCAAGAAUGUGAUCGUUUCAAAGAUGAACUUGAAAAAGCACAACAAGAAGCCAUCAGUACUCGUCAACAACUUGACGAUGAAAAACAAAAAUACUGUACAUUGGAAAAUGAAAAAAAUCAACUGAAAAAACAAAUUUCAAAUAAUAGUGAGUUACAAAAAAAUUUAUCAACAGCCAUUGAAGAGUGUGAUAAUUUAAAAUUAAAUAUAAAAAAUUUACAAGAAGAUCUUGAUAAUUGUCGUCAACAGUUGAAUGAAGAAAAACAAAAAUAUUUAGCACUUGAAAUUGAAAAAAAUCAAAUGAAUAAAAUAACAGAAAAAAAUUGUGAAUGUGAAGAAAAAUUAUCAGCAUCAUCAUUGAAUUAUGAAAAAUUAUCAAAUGAAUUAAAAAAAACUCAGCAAGAAUUGAUUGAUGUUAAUGAAAAAUUGGAUGAUGAGAAGAAAAAAUGUUGUGCUCUUGAGCAUAAAAAUAAUAAACUUGAAAGACAAAUGACUAUUGCACGUGAUAUGCUAGUCAUUGAAGAAGAUGUCAUUGAAAAACCACUUGAAAAAAUACCACCACCAGUUUUUCAAGUUAAUGAAAAUGUUUGUUCAUCAUUAAUCAAUACCAAAAAUGAAAAUAAAACAAUUGAAGUAAUAAAUACAACAGCUAGUGACACUUGUAAUGAAUCAUUAGUAACUGAUUUUGAUGAAUCAUUAAAGACAGAUAUUGUUCCGCUAAAACCAGCUGAUACUUCAAGUGAUAUUGGUGAAAAAUUAAUUUCAAAUAAACGUAAAAGAAAAGGACGAAAUUCAAGUAUUGAAAUUAUACCAAAAAAACAAAAAAAGACAAUGAAAAAAUCUAAAAAGUCAAAUAAAAAAAUUAGCCUUUUAUUGGAUAAUGAAGAAAUUGAUAAAUUGUCUGUUGAAAAUUCUCAAGGUAUGGAUUUUGAUGAUAUUGAUGAAACAUUUGUUGUAAAAUUCAAUAAUCCAAAUAAAAAGAAUAGAAAAAAUAGUAAAAAAAAUUCAUCAACAAAAUUGGAUGAGAAAAAUACAUCAAAUUGUACUUCUGAUGAUGAAUUUGAUGGAACCAUUGAAGAAGUUGAUGGAUCAUUUGUUGAAAUAUUAAAUGAUUCAAGCAAAAAAAGUAAAAAAUAUAAUAAAAAAAAUGUUCCAGUGCAAUUUGGAGAGGAGACUACAUCUGAUGAGAAAAUUGAUGAAAUAAUCGAACAAGAAAUUGAUGAAACAUCCAAUGAUUCGAAUAAAAAAAAUAGAAAAUAUAAUAAAAAAAAUGUUGCAAUAAAUUUGGGAGAAGAAGGUACAUCAACACCUGAUGAAAUGAUUGUUGAUAAGGCUGAUGAAAUAAUUGUUGAAAAAUUAAGUAAUAGUCUAAAUAAAAAAACUAGAAAAUAUAAUAAGAAAAAUGUUACAAUAAAUUUUGGAGAGACUGGUACAUUUGAUGAAGAAUUUAAUAAAACGAUUGAAGAAGUUGAUGAAAGUUUUAUUGAAAAAUUAAAUGAUUCAAGUAAAAAGAGUAGAAAAAAUAACAAAAAUAAUGUCUCAGAAAAAUUGGGAGAUGAGAGUACACCUGAUGAAAAAAUUAAUGGAACAAUUGAACAAAAAAUUGAUGAAACAUUGUAUGAUUUAAUUAAAAGAAAUAGAAAAAAUGAUAAAAAAAAUGUAUCAUCAAAUUUUAGAGAGGAAAGUACAUUAACAAGUUAUGAAAAAUCAAAUGAAAUGAUUGUUGAUGAUGUUGAUGAAUCAUUUGCUUCAAGUUUAACAAAUUCAACAAAAAAAAGUAAAAAAAAUAAAAAAAAUGUAUCAUUUAAAUUAGACGAUGAAGAAAUUACAUCAACACCUGAUGAAAAAUUAAAUGAAAUGAUUGUUGAAAAAGUUGUUAAAAAAAAAGGAAGAAAAAAUAAAAAAAAAAUUGAAUCAUUAGAAGAUAACGCUCUAUUGCCUGUUGAAAAUGAAAUGAUAAAUCAAGAAGAUAAUAAAUUAGUUUAUCAAAAAUUACCUGGUUCAAAUAAAAAAUAUAGAAAAAAAAAUUUACCACCAGCAAUUGAAGAGUCAAUUCAAUCGACACUUGAUAAAUUUAAUGAAAUGAUAGCUGAAGAAGACAAUGAAAUAGCUUUACAAAAAUUAUCAAAUAAAAAAAAUAAAAAAAAAAUACCAAUGAUAUUAGAUGAAAGUAGUAGUGAAAGUCUUGUUGAAGAAUUUGAUAAAGAAGUUAUUGAAAAUACAGAUCCGAUAUUUGAAAAAGCAACUGAACAAUCUGAAGAAAAUUCAAUUGAAUCUUCAAUUGAUGAUCCAGCUGAAAAUCCUAUUGAUGAAUCAAUUGAAAAACCAUUUGAUCAAACAAUUGAUAAAUCAAUUGAAAAUGAAAUUGAUUAUUCAUACCUACCAGCACCAAAAUCUCGUAAAAUUCGUUCUAAAAAACCUCAACAAAUUGAACAAAAACAAAUGAAUAAUUAUGAUAUUGAUAUGAAUAAUGAUGUUGCUAAAAAUCCAUCACAACAUUAUGAUGAUGAAAAUCCAAAUAAAUUAAAAUUAACACCGAAAAUUAAUUCAAAUCAUGAUAAUAUUGUAACACUCAAUGGACUAAGAUUUGAUAGUCCAAUAGUAUCACUUGAAAAAUUACGUUCAACAAAUUUUAAACAAAUUACACAACGAGUUAAAAGAAAAAUGAAUAUAUCAAGUCUUAAAUUGAGUAAAUAAAUAAUUAAACAAUAAAUAAUAAUCCAAAGUUUAUGUUGUAUUAAGCAACAACUAUUAACACUUAAAAAAAUAAUAUGAAAUCAUCAAAGACAGUAUAUUCAAAUAAGUCAUUAUGUUAUAUUAUUUGACAUGUAUUAAUAAUCAAUAAUUACCAGACUUUAUGAACAAAUAAUA